AUGAUCGGCGCUCAUGGGGGAACGGAUCUGUCCAACCACCCGCAGCACGACCCCAUCGUGGACUUAUUUUGCGGGGUCGGGGAUGGGAAAUCUCGCCGCAUUGAUGCGGAGGUGCUGCAGGUACUACAGUAUGCUGCACUGUGGCGGAGAAACAAAUGGCACUAUCGAUUCACCCAAAGCAUAACAAUCACUCUGUUCAUCAGGGCCCACGAAUCUAGUUAUGAUGAUAAGAGUCUUCCAUACUCAUCUGCUAUCGGCACCAUGACACGUCUUGUGAAUGGGCUACACACAAUGAUUGAACAGGCAAUGAGCGGCCGGAGUGCAUGGAGUUUCCCCAUCAAGUUCCGCUUGCGACGUGUGGUCGGUGCUUUGGUUCCUGCAUGUGUCGACGUUCAUCAAACGUGUCCAGGCACACAUCCUGCGGGUCAACGUGACCAACAAGUUUCGCAACUCCCCAAAUGUCAUGAUACACCAUCAUGGGAGCCUCAGCUCGUUCAGUGCUGUAUCCAACACAUUAGAGAAUAA